UUGGAAGGGGCGAGGAGCGCCGACCCUGGCGGCUCGUAUUUGGCGAGCAACCGCACGCACAGGCCGCAGUCUGCGCUGCGCCGCGCCGCCGGACCGCACGCUGCAGAGCUGCGACACGCCUCGCCUGGCUCUUGGCACGUUCGGAGAUAACAGGAGAGCGUUAUCGGAGAUCUGCUGAAGCCGGGAAGGGACAACAGCUGCCAAUACCAGCUGCGGAAGUUGGGAGUUGCUAGCGGACGCGACGCGCUGUCACACCUCAGCAACUCCGGGCCACCGGUAUUCCCACAGGAUGGAUAUCGUGGUGAACAUUCUAGCAACGGUUGCCGUCGUUCUGGUGAUCCAGCAGGUUUGGAAAUUGCUGAAAGCGCAGAAACAGUUGGCAUCUAGGCUUGCACAUAUUCCAGGACCUAAAGGCUGGCCGUUGCUUGGUAAUACCUUCGAAUUCGGAAAAGGGAAUGCACUCGAUAUCUUGCACAACAGCAUUAGGCUGUGGAAGACCUAUGGGUCAACAUAUCUCGUCUGGCUUGGUACCAGACCAUUCAUAUUCCUCAUAGAUGCAGAUGAGGUUGAGACUAUUCUCAGCAGUCCAACUCACAUUAAAAAAUCUAUAAGUUACAAAUUUGUAGAACCAUGGCUCGGACAAGGACUUCUUACCUCAGAUGGUAACCAUUGGCGAAAACAUCGUAAGAUAAUCACUCCUACAUUUCAUUUUAAAAUUCUUGAAGAAUUUAUCAAUGUUUUCAACUCAAACGGGGAUGUCAUGAUCGAUUUGUGGAAAAAGAAAUUAAAUGGACCAGCCUUUGAUAUUUAUUCUUAUGUCAACCUGCUUACCUUGGAUAUUAUAAAUGAAACAGCAAUGGGAGUAAGUUUCAAUGCACAGAUCAACAGCGACUCUGAAUAUGUCCAUGCUGUUCGAAGUGCUUCAGAUAUUACUCUUCAGCGGACAUUUAGACCUUGGCUUUUUCCUGAUUUUCUGUUUAACUUGAGCAGCCUUGGGAAAGAAUGGAGAAAACAUUUACAUGUUAUGAAGACUACUACACAAACAAUAAUACAAAAUAAAAAAUUACAGAUGUCUACUGAACAGGGGAAGAGUGGAAAUCCAAAUAAUAAUGAUAAUGAUGUUGGACAGAGAAAACGUAUGGCUUUUCUUGAUCUCUUACUACAGAGUCCAGAUAAAUUGUCAGACAAAGAAAUAGAAGAUGAAGUGGACACAUUUAUGUUUGCUGGUCAUGACACAACAGCAUCAUGCACCAGUUUUGCUCUGUGGGCACUUGCCAAGCAUGCGGAUGUACAGGAAAAGGCUUACAGUGAGAUUCGUGAGCUUUUUGGUGAUUCAGAUCGGCCUGCAACAUUUCGAGACUUGCAAGAGAUGAAAUAUUUAGAGAGAGUGAUAAAAGAGACAUUGAGACUGUAUUCAACAGUUCCAUUGUAUGCUCGUGAACUGGACCAAGAACUAAAAAUCAGAAAUAAACUUGUACCAGUUGGAACUACUCUAGUCAUCAGUACUUUCCACAUGAACAGGAACCCAGAGCACUUUCCAAAUCCGGAAACUUUUGAUCCAGACCGUUUCCUGCCGGAAAGAAUGCGGGGCAGGCAUCCUUACUGCUUUGUUCCAUUCAGUGCAGGACUGAGGAACUGUGUUGGGCAAAAGUUUGCACUGCUGGAGAUGAAGUGUACACUUUCAAAAGUUCUACGUAAUUUCAAGCUCUCAACACCACAGGACGAACUGGUCCUGAGUCCAGAAAUAGUUAUGAAGUCUGCCAACAACAUCAUGGUGUGCGUGGAACCACGAAAGUGAUAGCCUACCAUAGCAAAAUUAAAACACUUGUUUGCCAAAAUCAUUUUGAUUAAAUAAUUGGUUAUUUAUUUACUAAUAAAGUAGUUAUAUAUUGUUCA